AUGUCGCAUGCGUUACUACGUCUGAACAUGCCUGGCAACGAGAAAGGACCGGAUCAUCAAGCUGAUCAAUUUCGGCAAAUGCUCUCACAACACAUGAUGGCGAUGCGUGGACCGGAAGGGCCAAUGGGACUCACGGGCGUUCCUGGACCGGAAGGCCCUGUAGGACCGGAAGGUUUGAAAGGGGAACCUGGAGAAAUUGGAGAAAUGGGCCCGCGGGGGCUGCGCGGCCCCAUGGGGCUGCCUGGGAGGGAAGGAAGGCGCGGGAGGCCCGGACGGGACGGGGAGCGAGGGAUGACUGGUCCCAUGGGGCCCAAGGGCGAGCAAGGAAUACAAGGCCUUCCAGGUCUUCCAGGAGAAAAGGGUGACAGGGGCUUGCCUGGUAAUCCAGGUGAGCAGGGUUUACCUGGUCACGAUGGAAUGCAGGGUGAAGAGGGAGCCACGGGUUUGCCCGGACUACCAGGCGAGUUGGGUCCAAGAGGAUUUCCAGGACCUAGAGGAUUCCCAGGACCUUCCGGAACACCUGGAAUUCCAGGUGCAGAGGGGCCAAUUGGACCCAAGGGGAACUCUGGUCCUCCGGGGCAGCCAGGUCCCCCGGGACAAACGGGCCCUGUCGGUCCCCUUGGGCCCCCUGGGCCUCAAGGUCUGCUAGGUCCUCCAGGAUUAACGGGACCGCAAGGUAAACCAGGUCUUCCUGGUUUGCCCGGAGCUGAUGGGACGCCUGGUCAUCCAGGAAAUCCAGGUCUGCCGGGUUCAAAAGGAGACCCCGGCCCUCCGGGGUCGCAGGGCCCGGUUGGCUUUCCCGGCAACCGAGGAGUCAAGGGGGACGAAGGCAAGCGAGGCAAUCCAGGGGAUAAAGGCGACAAGGGCGACCGCGGCUCCGAUGGCGAGAAAGGAGACAUGGGCAUGAAAGGAGACAGAGGACCUACUGGUCCUACUGGAAUUCCUGGCCUCGAAGGCCCAGAGGGACCUAAGGGGUUCGAAGGGCCGCGGGGAGAAGCUGGUCCUCCUGGUCAACAUGGAGAAAAGGGCAAGUUGGGCAUCCCCGGUUUCGCUGGCUACCCCGGCCCUCCGGGAGAAAAAGGUGACAAGGGCUCUGAAGGAAAGCAUGGCCAAACAGGAGAUAAGGGUGACCGUGGAAACACAGGGCAGCCAGGAGAGCGAGGGGAAGUAGGACCCAGGGGUUUCCGAGGAUCGCGAGGCAGAAGAGGUCUUGAAGGAGUUCCUGGGCCGAAGGGCGAUACAGGUCAGCCCGGGCCUCCCGGAGCGCAAGGAGAGAACGGUCCACAAGGACCAGAAGGGCCUAGAGGUUUCACUGGACCGCAAGGACCGCCGGGCAACAACGGCAAAGACGGUAUUCCAGGCCCGCCUGGUGAGAGGGGACCCCCGGGAGAGCCUGGGCCUCCGGGUCCGGCAGGUGCUCCUGGAGUAGUAGGUCCGCCAGGCCCUAACGGCGAACCAGGCCCUGUGGGAGAACCAGGAACACCAGGCCAUCCUGGACUCCCAGGAGAGUCUGGAAGACCGGGAGAUUCUGGCAAGGAAGGUCCGCCUGGGCCCGCGGGUCCCCAGGGGAAGCCGGGGCCUCCAGGCGGCCCCGGUCUGCCUGGAUUUCCAGGAGAGAGAGGAGCAACUGGACUUCCUGGAAUGCCUGGACUUAAAGGUGACAUGGGUCCGCUCGGUCCACCUGGUCCCAGUGGGGACAAAGGUCAACAGGGAGAUCCGGGAAAAGAAGGUCCUCCGGGUCCGGAAGGGAGGAAGGGGCCGCCUGGACCACCCGGAGCGUCUGGGGCCAAAGGCGAGAGAGGGGAACCAGGCCUGCCAGGCUCAAUGGGAAGAGACGGACUGCCGGGGCAGAGAGGUCUGCCAGGACCACCCGGACCAAUGGGCCCACCGGGAGAAGACGGAGACAAGGGAGAUCCCGGGCCGCCUGGCGAGAAAGGCUUCAAAGGAUCUCGGGGAGAAACGGGUCCACCUGGUCCGCCAGGAACGCAAGGGCUGCGCGGAGAGCCUGGAGCGGUAGGGCCCGCAGGAGAGAAGGGCCCGCCCGGGGAAAUGGGUCGCCAAGGUCCUAAGGGUGAAGACGGCCCUCCUGGUGUAGCAGGUCCUCCUGGCGCCCCUGGCCAGCAAGGAUUGCCAGGUGUUCCCGGCGUCAAGGGAGAAAUAGGAGACGUUGGACCAAGAGGUCCCGAAGGUCCAGCUGGUCAACCAGGGGAGCCCGGCCCGCGAGGCAGUAAGGGCGGAGAAGGAAUGCCGGGCCCCCCAGGUCCUGAAGGACUACAGGGUGCCAAAGGAGACCCGGGAAAUCCAGGACCUCCGGGGCCCACUGGUAUCGAUGGCAAACAUGGCGAAAGAGGUCCUCCGGGACCCAAAGGAGAAGAAGGGAAAUCGGGAAUCCAGGGCCCUCCGGGGCCGCGAGGGCCCGUGGGUCCCGAGGGCCCGAAGGGCAGUCCAGGGCCUCCUGGAUUCCCGGGCAUAGCUGGCGAGCCGGGCUUGGUGGGAGCGAAGGGCGAGCCCGGGAAGGACGGCGAAGACGGGCGCUCAGGUGACCCCGGCCCCCCCGGGGAGGCUGGGCCGCCGGGCAAAAUGGGACUCAUAGGACCCCCUGGCAAGCCGGGUUCCGAAGGGGCUGCUGGAAUGCAAGGGAGCACUGGGAUGCCCGGAGAAAAAGGUGACCGUGGACAGGCAGGCCCACCUGGGUUGCAGGGACCCAUGGGGCCUCAAGGCCCGCCGGGCACGACUGGACCGCCAGGCCAAAGAGGAUCGCCUGGGGUGGCGGGAGAUGUCGGGCCACCUGGAAAAUCAGGAGGGGAAGGACAGCCUGGCAAGACUGGUGAGACCGGUCCCAAGGGACCGAAGGGCGACAGAGGCCGCCGAGGUCCUAAAGGCCACAGAGGAGACCUUGGCAUGACGGGGCCCAAAGGAGACCAGGGAGAGAAGGGAGAAAGGGGCAUGAAGGGACCUCAAGGUCCCGACGGCCCAAAAGGCAACCCGGGCCCGACAGGACUACAAGGUCAAAAAGGCAGCGAUGGACCACAAGGAUUGCCUGGCUUGGAGGGCCCUCCAGGUCCAAAAGGUUCCCAAGGUGUAGCUGGAAUGAAAGGAGAAGUUGGCCCUCCAGGUCCACCUGGACCGCCAGGUCCUCCUGGAGAAAUGCCUCUGCUACCCCCAGAAUUACUUUUCCAACGAGAUCCGAGGGAACCGAAUCGAAAAAAGAGAUCAUCAAGCGUGAAGGAUGAUAUUGUGGAUGAUACCUCUGUCGAGGGAAAGAAGAAAAAGACUGAGACUAAAGAAGAUCUAAGCAGCAAAUUUCUGGAUAUGUACAGUUCAAUAUAUACCAUGCGACAAGAUCUAGACCGCAUAAGAAAACCAGUAGGAACACGUGAAAAUCCUGUACGCACGUGCAAAGAUCUAUUUUACGGGCAUCCACAAUUUAAAGAUGGAUGGUACUGGAUAGACCCCAACUUAGGCAUGCCAGACGAUGCUGUUUAUGUAUUCUGCAACAUGACAGGUAGUGGAGAAACUUGUGUAUUUCCUGAUAUACAUUCAAGUCAAAUGCCAAAUAUUCAAUGGCGGAAAGAUGGCAAUAAAAAUGAUUGGUACUCAAACUUGAGAGGUGGCUUUAGAAUAACAUAUGAAACAGUAGGUGUAGUUCAAAUGACUUUUCUGCGGUUACUGAGCCAAGACGCAUACCAAAAUUUCACAUACACAUGUAUAAAUUCAGCUGCCUGGUUUAAUCUUAAGACACAGUCUUAUGAGAUGGCAAUAAAACUUCUUGGGGAAAAUGAAGCAGAAUUCAGUAUGGAUGGAAUCAAACCCAAUGUACUCAUUGAUGGGUGCAAAAAUCGAAAGAGUAAAAGUGAAACAGUUUUUGAAGUGAGGACAAAGAAACUUGGAAAUGUUCCAAUUGUGGACUUUUUCCCAGUUGAUUAUGGCUUACCACAUCAAGCAUUUGGUUUUGAAAUAUCAAAAAAUUAUUCAAAUAAAAUAAUAUUUACACCAGUAUCAACAUCAACUAAGAUAAGAAAAAAAGCAAUAAAAGAAAGAGAGAAAGAAAACAAAUUAGACAAAGUGUUGGAGUCAAUGUUCCAGAAAAAUGAUGAUUCUGAUGAAAACAAUGAAACUAUUUUUAGUUCUCAUAGAGUCACUCGAAGUGCAUCUCAAAAUGCAGAACUAAAUGACACUAAUACAGGACAAAUCAAGGAACAAAUUUUGAAAACCAAUUCUGACCAUCAAAAAUCAAAUCCAGUAAUGGAGUUCAUCGAAAAAAAUUAUGAUCUACAAAAAGACUCAAUAGAACACAACAAAUUGUACACAGAGACUCAAAACAGUGACUCUGAUCAGAGUGAUGAUUCAAUUUUUCAUUUCCGUGGAAGCAAUUCAAUAACAUCACGAAAACCAGAUCUGGCAAAUACUGAUGGAACCCCAAAACAUAUGUCUACUGUACAUACCCUACGGAGUCAGGAAAACACUCAUAUAGAACAAAAAUAUUCAUCAGAAAGCUUUUCAAACUCAGAAACAAUUCAUAUGCAGAUGAAAUCUGUUGAUCAUGAGAAGCACAUCAUUUACAGAAACUUAAGUGAAGAAUAUAGAAGCUUUAAACCACCAAAAAUUGGAUUUCCUAAUCCAGUUAAUGAAAAUUACUGUUGGAUGAAUGCCUCUCUACAGAUAAUUCUUCGAAUGAAAUUUCUAGUGGUUGAUAUCAUUAAAUGUUACUCUCAUGCAAAAAAUUCUAUAUUAAGUGCUUUCUUAAACCUUAUUAAAUGUUACAUGAGCUCAACAAAGGAUUUGAGCAUCAGCUUGAGGAUCUUCAAACAUUCAUUGAUAGAAUGGAAUGCAGAUUACCACACUUCACGACAACAAGAUGCUUCUGAAUUUGUAUCACAAUUCUUAUCAUUCCUAUUGAAUUCCCAGGAUAUUGGGCACAAUUCUCAACUUUUACAAAACAUUAAAUCUGAUGUGGAAAUAACAGUGCAAAAAACCUUCAUUUGCACAUCAUGCAAAAAUGUGAGCCAAGAGUUAAGUGAAUCAACAAAUAUUUUUUUUAUCUAUAUGGAUCAGGCAAUAGAAGGAUUUUCAGUACAAAAUGGAUUUGAUUGCCAAAUGAACUGUCAAGCAUCACAACACACAUGCAACAUAUGUGAUGGGAAGGUGGCAUCUGUAAAAGCAUGCAUUAAAAAUCCACCAAAAUACUUGAUUAUUCAGGUAGUAAGACCUACAAUGUCAAGUUCUUCUAACAGAAUACAAAGGGAUAAGCUGAAGUUAACUACGUCUUUAAAACUUCAAUCUUGGAUGGAAACACAUUCAUCAGUUGGAUUAAAGAAUUAUCAAUUAACAGGAAUCAUAUAUCACUUUGGAGAAUCUCCAACUGCAGGUCACUACGUAGCAGAUGUGUUUGAUGAAAUAGAAGAGACAUGGCUACAUUUUGAUGAUUUAAAUGUUAGUCAUAAAAAUGCAGUUUCAGAUGAGUCUGGAAAUAGUACAGUACUAGUUUACACUCAGUGCAGAGAAAAAAAUCACAAAAUUUUAAAAUUCAGAAAUACACAAAAAACAACAUUUAGUACUUUAAUUAUCACUAUUGAAAUAGACAAACUGAAGAAAGAAAUAAGAUAG